AAGGCUGGGGUAAUUAAGCUCACUUAGCAAACCCUUGUACAUACAAGAGUCAUUUAUCUUAAAAUCACCGCAUAUAUUUAUCUAAUGUAGAUUAGCUUUACUGCAGGGAAUAAUGCAGCAAUAAAAAGAUGAGCCCGUGAGAAAUCGCUUCUCUUACCGCUGUCAGACAGCAACCUGCAGGCAUCAGACAAGCCUGUAGUAACCGGUUACAAAGGGUAGAGGUAGGUUAUCCGGGGGCAGGGCGAUUUAGAUUUAUUCCAGUUCAUCUCAGUUUUGACGUCCUUAAUGUUUUAACGUGGCACUCGUUUUGUUUUAGUAUAGACCAAGUAUUGCGAGAUGUGGUCACGUCUAAAAAAUUCAAGGUUUGAUACCUGCGGUUUCACAGCGAUGAAUGUACAGCGUCUGCUCUGGUGUCCGGGACGCUGGGAAAUAUGCGAGAUCAUCACAUCUCCAUGCUUUUUAAUCCUGGGCUCUACGUAUUCUGUUUCAGGGAGAGGAAAUUGCCGAAUACGAGGAUUUUUAAGUAUCUGACACCGGUCAACUAAAUAUUUGAAGGACCUGCGAACGACUUCAGUACAUAUAAAUCUCUAUCUGCAUUAUGUGCAUUGCCCUUGAAAUAGGUAGAAACGCUUUUGGAUUGUUGCAUGGAAUAUAAAAAAAAGCUGGAAUGCCGAUCUUGGCUUAAGGAUUGCGAAAGUUUAACAGUAUUAAACUAAUCUUGCAAUUAAGUCAAGUCCUAGUAUGUUUUGUAAAUAGUUCUCCGAACUGCAUCCAAGGAAGCUGACAUCUUUGGAAGUUGUCCCAUUUUUGGUCGGCAAAGAAGAGGACUAGGAAAGACAGAACGCACCUUUUCCCACUUGGCCCUUCCCCUUUAAUUGCUGCGUCGCCCUUGCUCUCGCUGCUGGAUCCUGUCCGAUUCCCUGGAGACUCCAGGGAGCGGAGGAUGAAGUAGCGCUCCAGACCGGGAUCAUGGCGGCACCGAUCGGCCGGGACACCCUACCUGAUCACUGGUCCUACGGAGUCUGCAGAGAUGGAAGGGUGUUUUUCAUCAAUGACGAAACUCGCAGCACUACUUGGCUCCAUCCUCGUACUAGUGAACCUGUCAACUCUGGGCAUAUGAUCCGCUCAGACUUACCACGGGGCUGGGAAGAAGGUUUUACAGAAGAAGGAGCCAGCUACUUUAUAGACCAUAACCAGCGGACGACUACGUUUCAGCACCCAGUGACAGGAGAGAUUUCCGCUGAAAACAUUGACUUCAUGCUGCAAGAGAAUCCGAAUUCCUGCAUGUCCAAUCCGAAGUCCAAACAGAGGACCCCCAGCAUGGUGAGCGAGUCGUCCACAACCAUGACCUCAUCCACUGGGGACCCGCCUUCUGUACCAAAGGCCUCCAAGUCCAGCGGGAAGGUGCACAGCUUUGGGAAGAGGGACCACGCCAUCAAGCGGAACCCCAACGUGCCCGUGGUGGUGAGGGGAUGGCUCUACAAACAGGACAGCUCUGGGAUGAGGCUGUGGAAACGAAAGUGGUUCGUGUUGUCUGACCACUGCCUGUUUUAUUACAAAGACAGCCGUGAGGAGGCCGUCCUGGGGAGCAUCCCCCUGCCCAGCUACGUCAUCUCUCCAGUGGAACCUGCCGACCACAUCAGCCGCAAGUACGCGUUCAAGGCCAGCCACACGGGCAUGCGAGCCUACUUUAAUAACAAGGAGGCCGUGGCGGGCUCCCGGACUGAGCACGGCGGCAUGCGCACCUACUUCUUCAGCGCCGACACCCAAGAGGACAUGAACAGCUGGAUCCGGGCCAUGAAUCAGGCGGCUCUUGUGCAGGCCCCCAGCACCCAGAGGGAGUCUGAGAAGCCGAAGCAGGCGGGAUCUUUUGAGCGAGAGGCAGCCCCACAAACCAAUCACGUCAAUAAUCACAGCAGGACCACAUCUCAGCCGGCAGGCUUGCCCCAAUCAGAGAGCACGGAGCCGCCCGACGGCAACUCCUUCAGCAUGGAGUCGACUGAAGAGGCCCGCAAGGAGCGGGACCCCACUUUCCUCAAGGACACACCGGAGGCCCAGAGCCAGGUCCUGCCCCCCGCAGUCUCCAUAGAAACAGGAGGUCGGCCCCUGGAUGCAGCAGUCCCCCAGGCGCCGCCCGCACACAGCAGCCGCCUGUCCCCAAGCGUCCUGCGGCUCGAGCCCAACCCCGGCGGGACGCAUAUGAAGGGUGGGGCUCCCUGCUCCGACACGGAGAAGCAAGUGCAGAGGAAGAGCGCGCUGGCCCAGGUGGAGCACUGGGUGAAGGUGCAGAAGGGAGACCCCAAGAGCCUCCAUGCCUCUGAGCUCACGCUGCCACGGCGGACCCCCCCAGCACAAGCCAAGGCCCAUGCGUUCCAGGCAUACCAGUCCCUACCGAAAAGCUCUCAGCCCUCCCCGGCCGGUGGAUCCUCCCCAGUGCAGCAUCACCUGCCCAGCGACUACAAGUAUGCCCAGGACCGACUGAGCCACCUGCGCAUGUCGACGGGGGAGCGCGCCGCCAGCAGGGAGGGCACGGUAUGGCAGCUCUACGAGUGGCAGCAGCGGCAGCACUUCCGGCACGGCAGCCCCACUGCGCCCAAUUACAGCGUCUCCCCCGACUACGGCGAGCCCGCCCCCUACAGGGCGGCCCUGGACGUGCCCCGCUCCAUCUCGGUGCCCCCAUCCCCCUGCGACAUCCCGCCACCGGGGCCCCCCCCGAAAGCCCUGUCACCCCGGAGACCGCACACGCCAGCCGAGCGGGUCACCGUUAGGCCAAUGGACGAGAGGUCGGUGGUGAGGGUCCCGCCCUCCAGCUCCCCGCAGGAGACGCAGCGCUCCAAGAACAGCAGGAUGACCCCAACACACAGGAAGUCAAUACCACCCAUGGGCUACAUGACGCACACCGUCAGCGCACCUAGCUUGUACGGAAAAACGGCUGACGAUACUUACAUGCAGCUGAAGUCGGACCUGGAGUAUCUAGACCUGAAGGUAGCCAGGCGUGAAGUGCUCAAAGACAAGGUGGCGAAACCCGUCAAAAUAGCUGAGAGCGAUGUUGACGUGAAGUUAAGCAGACUCUGCGAGCAGGAUAAGAUUCUACAGGAGCUGGAGGCACGGAUCCGCAUGCUGAAGGAGGACAAGGACAAGCUGGAGUCGGUGCUGGAUAUAUCCCACCAGCAAAUGGAGCAAUACCGCGACCAGCCGCCCCACGCUGAGAAAAUCGCCUACCAGCAGAGGCUGCUGCAGGAGGACCUGGUGCACAUCCGGGCUGAGAUCUCCCGGGUGUCCACGGAGAUGGAGAAUGCCUGGAAUGAGUACAGCCGACUGGAGAUGGAUCUGCACCAGCUGAAGGAGUCGCUGAUGGCUCAGCUGAGGCGCACCAUCCUAUCUCAGGAAAAAGCUGAAAUGAAGAAGGAGCUGUGGAGGAUUGAGGACGUCAUGGCGGGCCUGAGCUCCAGCAAGGCCAACUACAAAGUCACCAUAGACUCCGUGAAGAACCCCGAAAGGAAACUGGUGCCUUCGAUAUCGCUGCCCUCAGUGCCUUCUCUGUCCUUGAGUGAGCCUGCAAGCCAAUCAAAGACGCCCCAGAGGAGCCCCCAGAGGAGCCCUCAGAGGAGCCCCCACCUCAGCCCCGUGCAGCUGGAGCUGUCUCAACCGCCUUCGCAGUCGCCUCUCUUGUCCCCUGUCCUAUUCCCCCAGGACCAGGGACCCCACCUAUCUGGGCUGGAUGAGGAUGACGCCCCUCCCAGGCCACCCCUCCCCCAGCUCUACAGACCUGAGGAGAUGCCCCCCGCCGUGCCCCCCCUGCCCAAGGAGACCUCCGCCAUCAAGCCCAUGUCCGUCCGUGGCCUCAAGCGCCAGUCCGAUGAGAGGAAGCGUGACAGAGAGUUCGGCCAGGUCAUCAACGGAGACUACAAGGUGGAGUUGAGGCCCUACCAGAGCGAGCCAGAGCUGUUUGGUCCUGGGCAGGCCAGUGCAGCGAUGCCGGGGACUGGAAACGGCUACCAGACUUUGCCCAGCAGGGGCCUGACUGGCUCCACAUCCAGGCUGAACCAAUCCACCAACAUCUCCUCGUACGUUACACUCCGAAGGGGAAUCUCAGCGUGCAGCCUGAAGGAGAGACCGAGGAGCGCGCUGGAGAGGCUGUACUCGGGGGAGCAGCAGGGGGGCCGCAUGAGCGCCGAAGAGCAGUUGGAGCGCAUGAAGCGGCACCAGAAGGCGCUGGUCCGGGAGCGUAAGCGGAACCUCAGCCAAGGGGAGCGCUCGGCCGCCUCCUCCACCUCCUCCCGUGCCUCGGCCCCUGCCUCACGGCCCCCCUCCACAGACCAGGGCUCAUGGAAGCGAGAGCAAGACUUCGACCUGCAGCUCCUGGAGCGUACUGUCCAAAGAGAGGAGCUCCCCCAUCCCCAUUCCGACGAGUGGCUGACCGCCAUCGCCAUGCCGAUGAGGGGGCGGGACCUGGAGAAGUUGGACGACAACCUGGACCUCCACCAUCAGCUCUCCCUGCCCCCGAAGCUGCCUGUCCCCCAGCACUACAUGGACUCCGAGCGGGACGAGCAGCUCAUCCAGCAGGACAUGGAGACGCGACACCGUAAGGCACAGCGCAUCAAGACCCUCCUAGGCCUGUCCAGUGUCCAGAUCAUGCUGUCCGGCGAGCCAGACAAGACGGCCAUGCCGGGUAGCGAGGCAGCCCCCCAGGAGCGCGCAAUGGCCGUGUCCUACACGCUGCCGUCUGAGGCAGCAGCUAAAGCAGUUGCUCAGCACUGAGAUGCUCUUAACCAGUGAGCAGCUGCAGCCGGACACCAGAUGCACGAAGAGAGGAGCAUUUUAAAGAACCCUGGGAUUAUAAACUGAUACGUGGCUCUUUCAUUGCACAGCAUUGGGUGAUAGCUGCAGGAUUCAUUUUUAUGAUGCUUUUUACUGGUGUUAAAACUCAACUAUUUUUAAAAAGCGAACAAAACUGUUGCCUAUGAGACCGCUGUGAAUAUAUUAACAGUGUAAAUGUCUAACAGUGAUCAUGUUGUAGAAUCAUCAUUUUAUACAUACAUACUGAUGCACUUUUAGUAUAUAUUGUAUGAUGUGCGAACUGCGCAGUUAGAGUUUUAACCCCAAGAUGAGAAUAAUUUGCUGUGUCUUGCAGUGUGCUCUUAAUUUUAAGGGAAUUUUUUGGAAAAAAAGAUUUGCAUCAAAUGUGAAUUGUAUUUUUGUGAAAAGAAAAAAAAUAUGUUCUUACAGCAGAUUGCUAAAGAUAUUAUUUUUGUGUAACCCAAAACUGCAGCUAAAGCUUCAUGCAAAUUUUUGCCAAUUGAAAUGUAUUUUUUUUGCGGGGGAAAAAAAGCUUCAUAUUUUCCGGGCAAAAAAAUGAGCAGAAGAACAAACAUGUGAAAUGUAAUUUUUUAACAUAAAUAUUAAAGAUAUUAACCAGA